AUGAUGGACGAGUUCUACUCACACUACAUGUACGAGGACAAGCUGCCUGGCGACACACGACCCUUCCACACGAUGUCCUCCGCUGAAUUUGUGCACGACGUCAACGUUGACCCCAUCUGCAUCAUCAACGGGCUGACCAAGAACUGGCGGCUCCCUGGAUGGCGCGUCUGCUGGGUGGUCGGCCCCAAGCACUGCGUGGACGCGCUCUCGGCGAUCGGCUCCUUCAUGGACGGCGGCGCGCCGCAUCCGCUGCAGAUUGCUGGCAUUCCGCUGCUCGACCCCAAGUUUGUCGAGGAGGACGCGCUCGCGCUGCAGGCGAUAUCCUACGAGAUAAGAGAUCUUCUCGCGCAUUUCCGGCUCAAGCGGGACUUCAUGCUCAAGGCGCUCAACGAGCUCGGCAUCAAGGUCCUCACGCCCAAGGCGACCUUCUACCUGUGGGCCGACGUGAGCGAGCUACCGCCGCCCCUCAACAACGGCGUCAUCUUUUUCGAGCAUUGCAUCCGAUUCAAGGUCAACCCCUUCCACCGCCGCCGCUUCAACAAGUCGCCCUAUAUCAACCACCUGCGCAUGUCCUUUGGGCCCGCGUGGCCAAACCUCAAGAUGGCGGUGGCGGGGAUGACCGAGCUCGUCGCCCUCGCCAAGAGGGGCGACCUUCCACCCCUCGAGUUCCGCGGCAGCACCGCCGCGCCCCUGCUGUCGCCCGAGCCAAAGGCCCGCCGCUAG